AUGUACGCAUUCUCGCCCGUAGAGUGCUUGGAUUGUAACAGUGACAAUCUUAUUGCGGCUGGUCUAGGUUGGUCAAAGUUCUUUGUUUUGCAUGUGACGCAGUCGUGUUGCCCGUGUAGUUUAUACUCGAACUUUGUACCGCUAGUUUUCGUAAAUUUUCGUUUGAAAUCGAUUUGAAAGUCAAUUUAUACGUCACAAGAGAGUGACUUGUACGUAAAUUGAAAUUCUGUAAGUUCGUUUUCCUCUCUGUUUUAUCAUAACGUCAUAGAAUGAGUGUUGCGAAGCAAAUGUGUUCUAAUAAUAUCAGACCCUCAAUGCUAAUGCGUAAAAAGCGCAACUUCUUUUUGAUACUUUCAUCACUAACUCCUCGUAAACUGAGAUAUGUUUUAGUUUGUCUCCGAGUCCGGAGAAAUUACAUGAAGUAAAGGUGCGUAUUUUGUACUUCAAACAUUCUAGAACUUUCUCGUUCCUCUCAAAGGUGGAUUCACAACAAGCGCUUCACCAGGGGUACUUAAGGGAAGUUUGGCAAGAGGUGUGGCGCCGAAAUCGUUUUAAAAUCCCUGACCCCGUUUUAGGCAAAAUCCCCGAUUUCCAUUGUUUUAAACAGAGUGAUAACGUGAACAGCGAAGGGAUGACCUUUUUAUGUAACUCAGAUUAAGAGCGAGGGAAAAAUACAUUACCCCCGUUGAAGAUUAGGAAAAAAAUCAUUUGUUUAUUUAAGUGGCAAAUAUCAUACUAUAAUUUUUGGAGUCGAUGAGCUGUUUUCCUUUAUAAACACUAGGCUUUCGGUCCAGAAAGACAACCCGUUCAAGACGUUGAAUAUAGAAUGUUAAACCCUGUUUUCAAGACUCGAUUCCCCGACUUCCGAAAGUCAUACACCGUGGGCGGCAUACAUACCGGAAGAUAACAGGAUAUUUUGACCCAAAUUCUAUGACGUCCAAAAGCAAAAAAUUAUAGUGCAUAAUAUAUGUAAUCACCGGGCAAGGGUGGCUUGGCGUUUUGUGCCAUAAAGAGAAUAUAAUACAGUCGUAGCUAAACUGUAUUUUUCUUUGCGUGAAACUAGAUUGUUUGCAAAUCCGGGAUGAGUUGUAAAACGAGAACAAGCAGUUCAUUGUACAUGAUUAAAUCCCAUUAUUCUGUGCUUAACAUGUUGGCUUGUACCACGCAAAAUCACUUAAACUAUACAAAUAUCCGUUCACCUCGCAAAUUAUGUGCAGCCAUCACGCAAUCACUUUGAAUUCCACCCCUACGGUUUGGUACAAAAAGGAACUCCAGUUUACUGAAGCGUUUAUUAGAUUCGUCUAUGUGUAUCUUUAUAACUGUAAUUACUGUUUUCUUCAGAUGGCGGAAAGGUGGAACUCUGGGACAUGGAAAGCGGAACAGCUGUGCGAUCCGUUCGGGGACAUGAUGAAGAUGCCGUCACGGCUGUCAAGGUAACCAUGGUAACUCUGUUUAAGGUCUUGUCCGCGGGCUGUUUCAGAGUUUCUUAUUUCUUGUACGUAUCGCUUAGUUCCAGGACAACCGAGUGAUCAGCGGUUCAGCCACCGGGGUGGUAAAGGUCUGGGACAUCCGGGACAAUUCUCUCAAGCCGGUGAUGAGCUCCGACCAGGCCCCUACUGACAACACGGCCGGAAAUGUGACUGUUAAACCGAGACGCGUGCGUUGCCUGGCAACAACACAGGAAACAGUUUACUGGGGAGACGAUGGAGUGAAUAUAAAAGCCAUGGAAUUGACGUCAGGUGGGCUAUAGUAUGUGGUGUGGUUUGAAAACAGAUUUAUCUCUUCUGCACAAGGUUGUGCUCCGAGAAAAAUUGAGGGUAGCCUGAAAAGCGUUAACCUAUGAAUUUAGGUUGUCCUGUAUAGAGGUUAACUCCAGGGGCCAAUAGACAGAUAGGUAAAAAGAUAAAUAUGUAAAGAAUGAAGGAAUAAAUAAAUAAAUAAGUAAAUACCGAAUAAACAGACGAGAACCAACAACCGACCAGGGAUGAUUCUUAGUCGCCUAGCAAAAGCUUUAUCCCUAGGGUGGCACAAGGCGCUACUGGAGCAUAGCCCAGAUCUGGUUAAAUUGCUUGUGGGUUUAUUGACCGCCUUCUUUCUUUUACUCUUUAGGAAAAAUCCGUAAGAUUCGAAAUCACGUGACAGACUUCGGAUCUACUGGUGCCUUGGCAACCUCGGGUUCAUGUCUUGUGAGCGCGGGCUACGAUCUUGAUCGCGGUAAUGGAUACUUGAACGGUAAGAAAUUCAUUUGAAAAAGUUAACCUCAUUUGAAUUGUUAAACAUAUGACAUUACUCACAGAAAGGUAUCUGAAAGCCGAGUUCAGAAGGACAAUGUUGAUUUCCGUUUACGUACCGAGCGUUGGUAAAUUAAGAGAGUACUUCCUUACUUGACUUACUUGUUUGUGUUGGUUUAGUCCGCAGCAUUCCUUCUGAGGAAUACCUAGCAACCGUAGAUGACGAAUGCACGGGAAGUAUCACGUGUCUGUCAUGCACACAAACAACACGUGACCAGGUGACGGUGCAGAGAAUGUGUACAGGAGGGCUGGAGCUGAAACUCUGGGAUCAGCUACCAAGUUCAAAAGUCAAGAAGCGUUCAAGGUGAGUUUAACCUGUUAAGUUUUUUUUUCGCUAGGUAAGUGAAGACGAGCAAUUUUGCCCUCACUUUCUUUGGGCUGCCUAUGGCGGACAUGGUUCGAAAAAGUGGAUAGCGAUAGUUAGAUAUAGCGAUAGUUAGAUGUGAUUACAUGCCUUGAAAUGAACGUGGCGAUUACGUGGAGAAGGUUUCAGCCCGGGCAAACGGGCUGAAAAGUCCACAAAAAGUCCAUGUAAUCGAAAUAGAAUGUCAGCCCAGGCUGAAAAGGCAACGUGCGCUUACGCAGUGUGGUUGUUUCUAGUUCAGCCCGGGUUGAAAUUUGUUAUGUAAUCGCAGCAAUUUUUCAGCUCGCCCCACCGGGCUGAAAUUCGCAAUGUAAUCACCCCCUUAAUGUUUUCAAUUGAUUAUGAUACUGUCUUUGCUAUUGAGUUAGGGAACGGAUAGGUUAAUGUUAUCUAUGUACAGGUGCUUCAGGAGGAAGUUGAAAUACGUAAAAGACCGGUCAAAAUCCUCCAUAGAUUAGUUUUUGUUAGGAAUUCUGAAACCAUGCUCGUGGAAUGCUUCUCCGUAUCCAGGCCUUGUACAACACGAAUCAACCAAUCACUUGUCGACAAAUGUGCUCUCAUCUCUUCCGGUUUUUCUUGCAGAACAGAAACGGAUGAUGUCUACGUCACGACCAAACACCUUCGUCGUUACAGUCUGCCUGAUAUAAGCGACACGGAAAGUAGCGAAGACGACGAAGACCAACCGGAGGGCGAAGACUCAGAUGACGACGAUGACGUCAGCAGUACCGGAAAUGCGUCACGAUCUUGGUGCACAAUAUCAUAA